CUCCCACCAUUGACUCCGAACCAAGACUGAUGCUUUCAAGCGCAGAUCUUCGCACCAUUUCCAUUCCUCCUUCUCCAUGAAGUAGUCUUCUUCCCACCCUUUACACGGCAAAAACCUCAAACAGUACGAAAACCCCCAAAAUUUCCUUGAUUAUUUCCUCAGACUUAGCAAGAACCGAGAAGGGGAACCUUCCCAAUUCAUGUCCUUUUCCGCCAAAUUUCGCUCCCCUUAGCUCAGCAGCCCAAUCUUGGAAAGACCCAUUUGCAAAUCCCAUGGAGCUUCGGAGAUCACAGCUCGUUGGCCUGUUCCUAGGGUUCUUGUUCCUCACAGCGGCGCCGCUGUCUUCGGCGAGAUUCGUGGUGGAGAAGAACAGCUUGAGGGUGACUUCGCCCGACAAGAUCAAGGGCACCUACGACAGCGCGAUUGGGAACUUCGGGAUUCCUCAGUAUGGAGGGAGCAUGGCGGGGGCUGUUGUGUACCCUAAGGAGAACCAGAAGGGCUGCAAAGAGUUCAGCGACUUCGGUAUCUCUUUCCAGUCGAAGCCUGGGGCUCUUCCCACCUUCGUCUUGGUUGACCGUGGAGAUUGCUUCUUUGCGCUGAAGGUAUGGAAUGCCCAGAAGGCCGGUGCUUCAGCAGUCCUUGUAGCAGACAACAUUGAGGAAGCUCUGAUAACUAUGGACACGCCCGAAGAGGAUAGUUCAUCUUCAAAGUACAUCGAGAACAUCACAAUACCUUCUGCCCUUAUUGAGAAAAACUUUGGUGAAACACUGAAGAAGGCAAUCAGCGGAGGGAAUAUGGUCAAUGUGAACCUCGACUGGAGAGAAGCGGUUCCACACCCUGAUGAUCGGGUGGAGUAUGAGCUCUGGACCAACAGCAACGACGAGUGCGGGGUCAAAUGUGACAUGCUGAUGGAGUUCGUUAAGGACUUUAAGGGAGCUGCCCAAAUUCUUGAGAAGGGCGGUUAUACCCAAUUUACCCCUCAUUAUAUAACUUGGUACUGCCCUCACGCAUUUACCUUAAGCAAGCAGUGCAAGUCUCAGUGCAUCAAUCACGGGAGGUACUGUGCCCCGGAUCCUGAGCAGGAUUUCAGCGCAGGUUAUGAGGGGAAAGAUGUUGUUCUUGAGAAUCUGAGGCAACUUUGCGUGUUCAAAGUGGCAAAUGAGACUAAAAGACCAUGGGUAUGGUGGGAUUAUGUUACAGACUUUCAGAUUAGGUGUCCUAUGAAGGAAAAGAAGUACAAUAAGGAUUGCGCUGAUGGUGUUAUCAGGUCUCUAGGACUUGAUGUUAAGAAGAUUGAAAAAUGCAUGGGAGACCCGAAUGCUGAUUCUGAUAAUCCUGUUUUGAAGGAAGAGCAAAAUGCCCAGGUUGGAAAAGGAUCUAGAGGUGAUGUUACAAUAUUGCCAACACUUGUCGUCAACAAUCGGCAAUAUCGAGGGAAGUUGGAGAAGGGUGCUGUUCUGAAGGCCACCUGUGCUGGGUUUGAAGAAACUACAGAGCCUGCUGUUUGUUUGAGUGGUGAUGUGGAGACGAAUGAAUGCUUGGAUAACAAUGGUGGGUGCUGGCAUGAUAAGACAGCCAAUAUCACAGCCUGUAAGGACACAUUUCGUGGGAGAGUGUGUGAGUGCCCCCUUGUGGAUGGCGUGCAAUUCAAGGGAGAUGGCUACACCUCCUGUGAAGCAAGUGGACCUGGAAGGUGCAAGAUUAACAAUGGAGGUUGUUGGAAUGACUCGCAUGAGGGGCAUUCGUACUCUGCUUGUUUGGAUUUUGGAAACAGCAAAUGUCAGUGUCCUCCUGGAUUCAAAGGUGAUGGUAUUAAGACUUGUAAAGAUAUCGAUGAAUGCAAAGAGAAAAAGGCCUGUCAGUGCCCUGAAUGCAGCUGCAAGAAUACGUGGGGAAGCUAUGAGUGCACUUGCAGUGGAGAUCUUCUCUAUAUCCGGGACCAUGAUACCUGCAUUAGUAAAAGGAGUGUUCAGACAAAAUCUGCGUGGGCUGCUGUUUGGGUCAUCUUGAUAGGCUUGGCUAUGGCUGGUUUUGGGGCUUAUCUCAUUUAUAAAUAUAGGCUGAGGUCGUACAUGGAUUCUGAGAUCCGGGCUAUAAUGGCACAGUACAUGCCUCUUGAUAGCCAAGCUGAAGUCCCAAACCACGUCAGCGACGAGAAUCCACGAGUAUAAUUUUCUGGGGCAUGUACGGAUGUUCCAACUUCAGCCAAAACGAACAGGGGAUUCAGGUUUCUGAGGCUGCCAGUGCUUGUUCCAGUCAUUCGCAAAUUUUGGACACAGAAAAUCUUUAUCAGUUGUAAAUUAUAGACGGUGGAACAAUAAAAAAGAAAAGCGAGAAGGUGUUGAUUAGAUGAAUCUUCCCAUUGUUUUAUUUAGGUCUCAGAGAAACUUUAAUUAGUGAUUUGAAAUCUGGUAAUGGAUUGUAUGUGGGGUACACGAAUGAUUAGCAUAUUUAGGAGUCUUUGGGUCCUUUCUUCCCUUUUUUUAUGGGAAUUUCCACAUUACAUAUUACAUAUUUAGUGUUUCACUAUUUGCUUGUUAUAUAUAUGUGAUGACGUGAUCCCCAGCCUUCUCGAUA